AUGGCAAAUGAAGUACAAAUACCAACUGGUGCCCUCUACUUCUCGUCGGCGUUCGUGAAGGAGAGUGAUUCUGAGAUCCCGAGAGGGGAUAUUACUGUUCCCAGGAUUCCCCCAGACGAUAUUGGUAUCCAGUACACUAUGGCAUCAACAUCGGCCUCCGCUACGCAUGGCCGGACUGACCCAAGGAACAAAUCGGGAAAGAGCAGCUUCCGCCCUGAGUGGAUUUACACUCCCCGCGAUCCUGCCAUGUACAAACAGAGUUUUUUCGAGGCUUAUGAACAGAAAGAGAAAAUUUACGAGGAAAAGGGAUGCGUUCACCACUUCCAAAUCGCCGAAGAUCGAGAAAGCUUCGUACCUCGUCAAUAUCCGAUGCCAGGCGAGCCAAAUGAAGAGGAGGAUCAGCCUAUUCUCAUCGUUCAGAGAGCGUCAGACGCAACCACACUUCCGGACGAGAUCAAAAGCUCAAGAAUGUUGGGUGACGGUCAGAUUCAAGGAAUGGAAAUGAGUCUUGCUUCUCUCGAUACGGCUAAAUCUGCAGAUAUGAUGAGCCAAGGCUAG